CAACAGGAUACGUCCGAGCGAAGGAUUUUUAUUGCUCGCCGCAGGCUCCUCGUCGUCGCUUGCGACUAAACGUAUCGAUCCUGCUUUGUCUGUAUUUGGAAAAAAAGCUACGCGUCUAUGCAUCUACAUAUAUUCCUAUCUACGUACGAACGCGGCAUGUAUGCAUAUGUACUACGAGUGGAUCGACUCGAAUCGACUAUUUGUAAAGGCUCGAAAUGCGAAGGUUAUAAAAGUAUAAAAAUGAAAUAUGGCACUCGUAUAGGUAUUUUACGAUGCGAGAAAUGGAAGCUCCACGUUAUCGUUAACGUGGGGCCUGAUCGAUUAAUUGAGACCAAUUUGAAAUGGACAAACGGAAUGGAAUAUUUCUGUUCAACUUGUAGUACAUUUUAGUCCAUUGCCUUUUCAUCUUGAAGCCCUACUAUAAAUAAUUUUCUACGAGAGCUUUCCUCGGUAAAUAUUCGACGUAAAGCGACGCGCGCACUCACAUACUGAAAGGGACACCAUCGAUAAACGCAAAAAGGUUACUCCGUAUGUACGGGAUAGUUAAGGGAUAGGUAUUUGCCAAUGGAAAUCGCAUUCACGUGGGUUACCUUGAAGGUUUAUAUUUAAGAAUUUACAGUGCGCGGUCGUUGGCUUUUGAAAUUUAUCGCAAAAACGAAGAUAGAGAAGGAAGAUAAUGACUCAGAAACGUUACAUCAUCCUGUUUCCUUCUAUAAAAGUACAUUGACUUUUAUUUCUUAUCUUUUGGACAGAGCGACACUCGUUAUUUACACCGUGUUUGAACGGUACCGUAUACACGUUUCUUUCCUUCGUUGGAAACGUUUCGUCCGAAGCGAUUAAAAUGUAGUUAAAAUGUCGCGCGAAACCAAGAAACUCGCGAAACAUUGGGAAAACUUUUCAACUUGGAUUCCUUUCUGCUUCGCAUAAAUGCGGAUGCGAUUAUAACGAACGAACGAACGAACGAACGAACGAACGAACGAACGAACGAACGGACGAACGGACGAACGAACGAAUUUUCGAAUUGGUAUCCUACAAUUUAAAUCAUUAUGUUUCCGAUAAAAUCGAGUAACGUAACACGAUAAUGGUACAGCAAAAGUACUAAAAGUACUACCGCUGUGUGUACGAGUAAAUUCAUCUAGCUCGAUUUUAAAUAGGAGCUUGGUCGUAAUAGCCAAAGGUGAAUGGAAGGAAAGGCAUGCGUAAAACUUUUUGUUUUGGUUUUUCUUUUCGUUUCCUACCAGCGAACAACAACUGGAAAUGGUAACGUUUGCUUUGGCGCAAUCGCGACUCGUGCAAUUUGCAGGUAGGGAGGAGGAUGACAAGGACGUCGAGCUCUGCUCCUCGCCAUUGCUUUUCAACGGUGCGUAGACAGCCUGACGAAGAAAGCGUCGGUGAAAGCGAACGAAUAUCCUUUUCAAUGGGGCCGACGAGUGCCCACAGGCCUCUCUCUUUCUCUUUUUCUCCUCUUCGUUCGCCAUCCCUUACAUUUGCUUUUUUUCCUUUUUUACCUUUUACUUUAUCCUCCAUAUACCCUUGCUCUUCUUUCCUCUCGUUGCUUCUCACCCACGUGACUCUCCACGAUGCUCGCGAGAUAUUCGUUCGCCACACUUUUUCUCUAUACUCUGCCCUUUUUUUCCUCCCCCUCUUUCCCCGUCUUUACCGUCAACGAGAACCAUCUACAACGUAUCGUUCCGUGCUCGGUAUGUGGGUCAUGAGGAAUACGCCUAUAUACGCGAAAAAAAGACGAUCAUUCGAGAGAGAGAGAGAGAGAGAGAGAGAGAGAGGAUGAGCGAAUACAUUUUAUACGCAUAAGAAAUUGAAACGAAUUUUCGCUGACGCUAUUUUAUGCGAUUACGAUAAUUCUCGAUAGUAGUAGUAAGCGCGUUCGCAGGAGAAAGAGUUUAAAGAUAUUGUAGAAUUUUUAAUGCGCCGAAUAAUGCGAAUAAUACGCUCAUCCGCAAGAGAUUAUCUCUUGGAACUCGUACCGAAGGGAGAUUACGUUUGUAGCCGGUUGCUACCCCGUACUCAUCUCUCCCAUUCUCCUGUGCGUACGAUAAAAUUGAUAAAAUAACUGAGAAAAGGCGAGCAAAAUCUGGAGGCUUACUGCGUAAUCGCCUUUACCUUUUAAAUAUUCCAAGUUCGAAGCUUUUAUGUACUUUUUAGAUUCUCCUUAUAAUCUCGUGUGUGCACUUUGUUAAUAUUAUCGCACAAUGAUAAUAGUCGAGGCGACGUUAACAUUUAGGAUAUAAGCGUUGGAAUAAAAAAAUAUCGAUAAUUGUCGCGCGUAAACAACAGUGUCGGUAAGAAAUGAUAGAAAACGCGUCAAAGAGAAUUUCGAGAUUACCGACGGAGCCGAGCGAGCGAUACUACGUGUUUCAAGUUGUACUUUAAAACUUGAGAUUGAAGCAUCGUUUCUCAUUUAUUUGCACCACGCGAGAACAAAGGCGCAAAGCCAGCGUGUAAAUUCAAUCCAACAUUUUAUGCCACCGUAGUAUUCUGCAUUCCAAAGAAAUCGCAAUUUUUUCCCUAAAUUCUAUUUUCGUCCUGGUGGUUUUUUUUUCUUGGCAAAUGGCUUAACUCGUCGUCGUCGGUCGCGUUCCGAAUGACACAACUAAAUACAAUGGCUACAGGAAAUAAUCGCGAUAAGAUUACAAGUACCAUGGACGAGGAAGGAAUACCUUACGACGAUCCACGCUUCGUCGAAAUUCUAGAAGCUUGCCUGCACGUGGAAAUUGCCGCCUAUAAAGAAUCAUACGGCAAAACUCAGGCUGAAAUAAGGAAGAUAAAAAGGAACGUUCUAAUGAAGCUCGAGAAGAGAAAGGAGCUUAAGAAAAAGAUAGAAGAUGCGGAAGAUGUAAUAUCGAUGUCGAACGUUACUUUAAAAAGAUGGAUUUCUUACGAGUCCGUUGUCAGAUUGCGGGAAGAUGUGAGAGAAACGAAACAAAGGAUCGACCUGAUCGAAGCGAAUGCCGACGAUCGUUCGAAAUUAAUGUCGUACGAGAUGCAACGAUAUCGAGAGAUUCUAGAUGAAUACAAGAAAACUUGGCAAUCCUAUCACACCGAAUACGAGGAUUUUCCGUUGGCUAAGAAACGAAAGGAAAGGGAGACCGAGCUGAAGAAGGUUUGCAUCGAGAAAAUGGUAUUGGAAUUUAAGUUCAACGAGUUGAAGAUAAAAUGCGAGCAAAAGAAGAAGAUCGAUGAAAUAAGGACGAGGUUAAAAAUAAUAGAAUUAGCUAAAGCGAUGGUAAAUAACGAGAAAUUGGAGCGAAAAUUGGUUAACCUGAGGAACGAAAUCGAUCAUUGCAAGCGACAACUGCAUUCGAGGGAACUAGAGUUAAAAUCAUUGCAAAGACGAGAAGAGGAGGAUAGGAAGGAACGAGCGAUGAAACUGUUGGAGAUGCCACCGCCGAAAAUAAAUUUGUCACGAGUACGAUUAAAUUAUUCGCGCAAGUGGCAAGAUUUAGAGAUAAGAAAAGAAAUGCCACCUGUCGAUUCCGAUUCGAUGUCGGUUAACACGAUCGCCUUGGAGGAGAUGUGUAUAAACGACGAUAUUACAGCCGAAGAUACGGCCAACAAGGACCUUGCCAUUUCUAUUUCGAUGGACGAUCGAAAACGAUCGACGAACCUUUUCUUCGACUAUGAAAUAAAGGAAAAGGGAACGCGCGAUCCAAAGAGUACAGAAAAUUUUACGGUAGCAACGUCUUUGCAAAAGACGCAGAGUAAAAAGUUAUCGUCCUUUUCGAGCAACGCGGAAUCGAUCGCCAAACAGACGAGCUUCAAAGGAAAAGACGAACAGAAACGAUCUACGAUGGCGGUGGACGUGGAAGAAGAAGGUGCUAUUAAUUACGAGGAAAAUCGAUUUCCGACGGAUCUGUACCAGCCGAAAAGGAUGAAAUUUGUUCGAAACGACGAAAAGGACGUUGAACAUAUAGAUAUCGAAUUGUCGCAAACGUCGAAAAGGUCCACUCGCUAUCCGCGAAUCACGAAGAUCGAGAAAGUGCAAUACGGCGUGACGUCUUUGACGAAACGCAAAAACGUACUACUUGAUGCCUCGAAAUCGUUCCUUUCUUCGAAUAAUAACUUCGAUUAUGAGACGAACGCGAGUCGUGCGACAUCUUUCAUGUUAAACGAAGCGCUGAUGAUCAAAGAUUUAAACGAUUCGAAAUCGGCCGUCCAGCCUUCCAUGUACGACGACAAUUCGAGGAAUUUUGAAUUGUCCGAUUGUGCGAAUGCCUCGAAUAUAGCCGAUAUAGAUAUAAAUAUGGAAUCCGUCGAUGUGAAUUGCGAGAAAAUCGAUCGCCAGGAAGACGAGAAAGAAGCGUCGCCGCAAGUCACAAGUUUCAACUUCUCCGAUCUGCUCAAACUGAAAACCGAUAAUAAUUUUCGUAUCUUUUGAAGUACCCCGUAAAUAGCGCCUGAUGCUGCCAAUCGUCUCGCCCUGUUCCGUCGUACGACCGCACAGUCCGCGAACGAAUUCCACCACGUACAAUUUUCAUCUCGAAAGGAAGAAAGACAAAUUUUGUCCAUUAUCAUCGCUGUUUAAAAGUCUUAAUACGUGCUCGAACCUUAAUACGUGCAACGACACAAAGGGACUGCCGAAAAGACGCGAAAAGAGAAACGAUCCAUCGAGGAUGGGUUGCACCUUUUCGUAACGUGUACGAUGAUUACCAUGAAGCUCUUCCCUUCUCUUUCAGCUACCUCGUUCUAUUCUUCUUCGAACUCUUCUCCAUCGAUCCAUACUACUCUUCGUUCAGAAACCGCAACGAUCGUAAGGGCAAAGGGACGAACGAGCGAAAGGAGAUUCGAGACUCGUUGUUUUUCUUUCGAGAAAGCCACAGAAACGCCAGUCUCAUGGAAUAAUAAUAAUCCCGCUUUCACGUCAGCGAAAUGACUUUGUGACAUGAGAAAAGGGACGGAAGAAAUGAAAAAGAUGAAAAAGAUAAGGAAGAGGUGGGGGAGAGAAAGAGAGAGAGGUAGCAAACAUGGAAUGCACGACAUGUGUCACACAUCCGCGUGUACGCACGAGUGCCUUAGAGUUACGCGGAUACAGGGUGCAAUUUUCUGAUCGCAUCGUAAGAGGUGUUAUAUACCCGAAAGAAAUCGUUUUAUUCUUGCGAUUUUAGAAACGAGAGACGUCUCGUACUAAAUACUACUACCGAGUAAAGUCCGAACGUAACGUUCGAACUCUACCUCUCGUAAGUUUCUUACGAUGUCCGACGAAUAUCGUCGUUCCGCGUGACCGCCUACUCUGUGGUUUUUCAUUAGUUCAAGCGGAAGGGCGCCAUAAAUGGAACGAGCAUCGUAUACCGACCGACGUUGUGGCUACUAUCUUCUUCUAUCGAAACAUAUUCUUCAUUACCAGAACAUUGACGACAUUAAUCGACAAUUUUUCUACACGAAUUUUCAUAUUUUAAAUCUCGAAGAUGAAAGCAAAAUGUCGAACUUUUCCCUCUCUCUCUCUCUCUCUCUCUCUCUCCCCCCCCCCUCUCUCUCUCUCUCUCUCUCUCUGUCUGUCCAUUAGACGAAUGGUAGCCGAUAAUUAUCGGCAGCGAUCCGGGCCGCGGAUUCGAUAAAUGACUUUAAUAAAACGCGUCGUAUUUCAAAAGAUUGUCAGACCUUCUUCUUCUACGUUCUCGAAUGAUUAAUGCGACCACUACCGAGCCGCGGGCUUACCUUACCGCCUUCCUGCUGUGGCCACCUACCGUUCCUCCUUUCCUUUUUCCUCUCUCUCUUUCUCUCUCUCUCUCUCUCUUAUAUCCUUUCACGUUGGAGCUCCGUAUCUUUGGCGUCUCGCUUCUCUUCCACCUCGCCUCUCUCUUUUUCUUCCUUUUCGCGACCUCUCGAGAUGAACAGACCCAAGCACGGAAGAUGCAACGCGCUCGCGACUAGUCGAAGACACGCCCAAGACGACGCAAACGCAAACUCCAACACGAGUAAAACGGCAAACUUUUGUAAGCAAGAUACAGUUUAAUGUUAUUCCGGCUUAUCGAAAUGGUCAAACUUUCUAUAUCUUUCAUAAAAUUGAAGCAGAUUCUGUUAAACUUGAAAUUCCAUUGAAAAAAGAAAAACUCGAGCGACUUGAAUGAUCGUUAUAUGAUAAAGAAGAACAUCGCAGAUCGACUAUACCGAUAUAUCAAAGUCCUUAAGAAAGAGAGAGAGAGAGAGAGAGAGAGAGAGAGAGAGAGAGAGAGAGAGAGAGAGAGAGAGAGAGAGAGAGAGAAGAAACGAGGAAAGACCGAGCAAGGACUAUGUCGAUUCUUCAGAGCCAAUUUGCUUUCUAAACCAAGCGAAACGUCGAGUAGACCAUUAUUACCCGAAGAGCUCUGGUACAUAUCGCCUAACGGCCAUAAACGCACAUGUACCCGUAGCUGCAUAUAUACAUGUAUAUAUAUGCAAGGAAAAGACAAGACUCUGGCUAACGUUAAAAGGGACGCAUGUUGCCGACGAGCAUCGAGCCGUAUCGAACGUUAGAAACGCCUAACGCGUUCUCUUCUCUUUUCUUGCUCCUCGAUCCCCACAGAGACAGCACGCGUAAGCGUAGGUAGAUACAUUUUCCUGCUUAUAUUGCUAGUCGUAAGUUUCUACUUUACGGUUCAUUGGCAGCUUAUUUCUAAACUGAAAUGAUCUAAAAAGCAAAGCGACCAUUUCGUCAAUUACCGGCCAUCGAUUCUUCGUUGAAUAUAUAUAGUCAUUGGUAUCCUCCUCCUUCUCUUUUAUUUCUCAACGCUGUCCGACUUUUACGUCGGCGAGUUUUCUCUCUCACUCUUUCGUUGGUGGGUCUCAGGGUUCACCCUUUCACCCGGGGCGUGGUGCCCAUUGUAUACGUAUCUCGGUGGUGUCCAAGGUAAAAGAGAUCAAGGAUCAAUUCCGGUUCAUUCGUACGCGGAUCAACGAGAGACACGAUCCGCGUAGAAAAAGUAACGAGUGAAUUAUGGUCGAAAGUCGACAAUAAUUAAUGACUAUUGAUCGUCAAAAGGACGCUACCGUUUUAAUUUUAGAUAGACACAAGAGUUCUCGCUUCGUGUUUCUCCAGCGAGCGGGAACACGCGCGAGUAGUCCUUUCACCCGCUAGAAAGGUGCUACGAUAAACCGCAGCGACGCCGUUUGCGGUUGCACCACCUUCCGAAAGAAUGCAAACUAACGACGUACACGUUACGUAGAAAAGCUUUAAGCAGAGUUAAUUAUCCCUACUGUUGUAGCAUCAUCUUACGUUUUCUUUGCGAAUAAACCUAUAGGUAUUUUCAAAGGUACGCACGCACGCACGCACGCACGCACCUUGGGCCACUUCUGCCGUUGCGGCGGCCUUGCCUUAAAAAAAAAAGAAUAAAUAAAAGAGAUAUUA